UAUUCCCCGGUGAUGGCAAACUAAACGUACUAAACGAAAAUUAAACUGGUAUAGCUACCAUUAUUCACAGCUACCAAAUGUUCUAAUACAGAAAAUAACAUCCGGUUGAAAAGCGUGAACUCUUUUUUUAAACACUUUAAGCUCUCUAUCAUGAUAUAGAUUGCUUAUCAUACCAUACAAGUAGAAAUACACUAGCUAUACUAUGAAAGUUAAAUUACUGUGCAGGAAUCCGGACGAAUAUAUCCGAGAGACUAAAAAAGACAUUCAUAAAGUUCCGAGAAACUAUGAUCCUGCACUACAUCCAUUUGAAGCUGCUAGGGAGUACACAAAGGCCCUGAAUGCAUCCAAGUUAGACCGUGUAUUUGCUAAGCCAUUCCUCGGAUCUCUUAAUGGACACAGAGACGGCAUUCAUUGUAUGUCAUCACACCCCAGCAGUUUAUCUACUAUACUCUCGGGGGCUUGUGAUGGUGAGAUUCGCCAGUGGGACUUGGCAAAGAGAACUUGUACUCGUACAAUCAAUGCACAUGAGGGCUUUGUGAGAGGUUUAACAGUAACACCAUCUGCUGAAUCUUUCUAUUCGUGUGGUGAUGACAAAAUAAUUAAGCAAUGGAGAAUGACACCAGAAAACCCCAGUGAAAAAGAGGAACCCACACAUACAAUAAUAGGCAAAACUAUAUAUGAAGGUAUCUCACAUCAUUGGCGGGACAAUGUGUUUGCUACAUGUGGCCAGCAGGUCGACAUAUGGAAUGUAGACAGGGCUGAACCCGUGAGGACAUUUACAUGGGGGGUGGACAGUAUUAGUCACAUAAAGUAUAAUCACAUAGAGACACAUUUACUAGCUGCCACAGCCUCAGACAGGAGUAUCAUGUUAUAUGAUAUGAGAGGAUCAAAUCCUCUUCGUAAAGUGAUUUUAAAACUUCGCUCCAAUGCAAUAGCCUGGAACCCUAUGGAGGCAUUCAUCUUUACAGUCGCUAAUGAAGAUUAUAAUUUAUAUACAUUUGAUAUGAGGAACCUAAAAGAGCCCCUAAAUCUUCACAUGGACCAUGUCUCUGCAGUGCUUGAUGUAGAUUAUUCCCCAACUGGUAAAGAGUUUGUCAGUGGAAGCUAUGAUAAAUCCAUAAGAAUUUUCCCAAUUGAGAAAGGAAGGAGCAGGGAAGUGUACCAUGCCAAGAGAAUGCAACGGGUAUCUUGCGUGAAAUGGUCAAGGGAUAACAAAUACAUUCUAUCUGGAUCUGACGAAACUAAUAUAAGAAUCUGGAAAGCUAAUGCUUCUGAAAAACUAGGCGUUUUGAAACCAAGAGAAAGGGCAGCUUUCAAUGAAGUCACUAAGUUGAAAGAAAAAUUCGUUCAUCAUCCCAAAGUACGACGUAUCAUCAAACAUCGCCAUGUACCUGGUAUGAUUUACUCAGCGAAGAAGGAGCAUGCUAUCAUAAAGGAAUCACGCAAGAGGAAGGAGCACAAUAGACGAGUCCAUAGCAAGCCUGGGGCUGUACCAUUUGUGGCAGAGAAGAAGAAACAUGUUGUGGCUGAGCUAGAAUAAGGUCAAAGGUCAGCAUGUAGUUAAGUGGGGCUUCAUGAAUGGGCCUGCAUGCG